AUGAACAGUGUUUCUUCGGCAAUUCCCGUCCAUUUCAACUCCGAGAAUGUUGACCCAACCACUGUGCAAAAAAUGUACUAUGAGGAUCUCAGACGCGAGUCUGAUGAGUUAUUGAAUCGUAAAACAAGCGAUGAUCAGGAUAACAAGGGAUACCGAGCUUAA